CUGUGGACACGGUCCAGAGCAGGGAGCAGGGAAUGCCCCGCUCCUGGGUGCGCUGGAGAGCGGUGAAGAGCCUGUGCCCGGCAUGAGUCUAGCUUGGCUUUGAAGUGAGCAUGGGGUCUGCAGGACCACGCCCUUGCCCAUGACUCUGAGGACUGUCUGUAUUUCAUCCAGGACCUGGGGUUCCUUAUCCCUUCAGGGGUGCCACUCAGCAGAGCUAAACAGGCCCAGGCAGUGGCUGGAUGAACCACCCGUGGGUGCCUGGCUGGGCCGGUAGAGUUGCCACAUUCCCGGCUCUUGGCUGUCAGGGAAGGAGAGACUGAGCCAAGUCAGACAGGUGUGGGUUCUUCCUCAGCUGGGAGGCCAGAGGCCCCGAAGAUGGACGAACAGGUGUUCAAAGGAGACCCGGACACCCCUCAUUCCAUCUCCUUCUCCGGGAGCGGGUUCCUCUCCUACUACCAGGCUGGGGCCGUGGAUGCUCUGCGAGAUCUGGCCCCGAGGAUGCUGGACACGGCCCAUCGCUUUGCAGGGACGUCAGCUGGCGCCGUGAUUGCAGCCUUAGUCGUCUGCGGGAUUGAGAUGGAAAAGUACCUCCGAGUGCUGAACAUGGGCCUGGCCGAGGUGAAGAAGUUCUUCCUGGGACCUCUGUCUCCAUCCUGCAAGAUGGUGCAGAUGAUGCGACAGUUUCUGUACGAUGUGCUCCCGGAGGACUCCUACAAGUUCGCCACCGGGAAACUGCAUGUCAGCCUCACCCGGGUCACGGAUGGAGAGAACGUCGUGGUUUCGGAGUACAGGUCCAAGGAAGAGCUCAUCGAGGCCCUGUACUGUAGCUGCUUUGUUCCUGUCUACUGUGGCUUAAUCCCCCCAACAUAUCGAGGCGAGAGAUACAUCGACGGUGGCUUCACAAGCAUGCAGCCCUGCGCCUUCUGGACAGACUCCAUCACUAUCUCCACCUUCAGCAGCCAGCAGGACAUCUGUCCGAGGGACUGCCCCGCCAUCUUCCACGACUUCCGAAUGUUCAACUUCUCCUUCCAGUUCUCCCUGGAGAAUAUCACCCGCAUGACACAUGCGCUCUUCCCCCCGGACCUGGUGAUCCUGCAGGAAUAUUACUAUCGCGGAUACGAUGACGCUGUCUCCUACCUUCGGAGGCUGAAUGCUGCCUACCUGAACUCUCCCAGCAAGAGGGUGAUUUUCCCGAGGGUUGAAGUAUACUGCCAGAUAGAGGUCGCCCUCGGCCACGAGCCCCCACCUACGAGUCCCCAGAACCUCCCGGCCCAGAGGAGGAGCCCUGAAGAGUCCUCACAAACCCACGUACAGGGGCCUCCCAAAGAGGACGGGAAGGACAGCCACUCCCCAGCAGCCCCCUCAGGGCAGACACCUGAGUCUGGGUGCAAUGGGUUUGUGGAAUCACCCGUGCCACCGCGGGUCUCUACAUCCAAGCAGUCGUCUGCACCGCCAUUGUCCCCAGCCGAGCCGGGCCCCGUAAUGGGGCCCACUGGCCCCAGGGAUAGUCGCCCAAUAACUGUUCGAACUCCAAACCUGGAGCAAGGAGUGAAGGAUGGCCAUCGCCUGGAAUCAGCCACUGAUGACCACAGCACGAACCGCUUGCCACCUGUGUUGCUCCCAGCCGCAGGCUCACACGGCUCAAAGACUGGAUCCCCGGGGCCUGCUGGGUCCCCUGAGUCCCCUGGACUGCUACCCAGACCUUCCCAGGAAGCCACAGCAGCCAGGGCAGCACCUGGCCUUCCGCCCCUAAGUCCUUCAACACCACCUGCCCGGCCACCUGUGGAGGACAUAGGCCCAGAACGACCCACAGCUACAGGGUCUCCCAGCUCAUCACAGCUGAUGGGCUCGGCAGCACCGGGUACCAGGAAGGAAGCCCCCCACAGGCCUCUACUGGUGGAGAGUCCAGCUGUGGAUUCAAACACAGCAAAAAAGAUGUUCAAGAGGAAACCGAAGACAAAUACCACCAGAGAGUGCUUCCAGAGAAACCCUCGGUCCAAGAAGCCGGCUAGCAAACUGCAGUCUGCUCCUUGUCCACUCAACUUUCCUGUACUCCCCAAGACAGUCUGGGUCACCUACAAACCUCAUCCCAGCCGGAUCCAAGAAUACAGCUACCCCAGGGGAGUGAGUGGCCAGAACUCCUAAGCUGGAGCAGGAGAGACCCCAGUGACCUGAAGCUUGGGUCCAGUCUUCUACCUGAGGCCUCUUGGGACCAGGGGGUGUUCCCUCAGCCAUCCAGUGCUGCAGAAAGUCUACUCCUCCAGGUUUGGGUUUCCUGGUCUGAAGAGUCUCCCACUUCCAGUCUUGCUGCCCUCCCCCCAUUCUGCUCUGGAUAGACAGACAGACAUCAACGCAUACCACUCACAGUCCAUCCAUCUGGGAGGAGGGACACGAUUCUGCUUUUGUCCAAUCUGGGGGCAAGCAUACAUCCUGACUGUACUUCCUGCCUAUGCUCCACUCCCCCCCCUACAUGCAAUCAAGCACAUCCUGUGAUGUCCAGGCAAGCAAGCUUGUUUACAGAAGUGGAAACAAGUGGCUUGUUAUCUUACAUGAAUGGCAUCUUCCAGCAUUUCAGGAAGUUACAUGUCCUGGGGCUUAGAGGUUUAUCUAUCCCUGAGCAAAUGGGGCUUUUGGGUUAAAAACAUUUUUGUUUUAUAGAUCUCUUAAGCACAGUAAUUAAAACUUAAGACACAACUUUAGCCUUUGCACUUUAAAUCUUCGGCAGAAUUGUUGCAGACCCCAUGAGAGCACUGAGUAAAAUAAAAAAUAAAAAGGA